AUGGAAGAAUGGACGUGCGACGAUGCGGGAGCCAAGUCGAAGCGAGAAUCCCAAAAGGAGAGAAUCGAGAAGAAGAGAUGGAGGAGGAGGGAAGUGGACGUAUGGAGGAUCAAGAACGGUGAUCCAGACGCUCGACUGAUGCAGACGCGGCGGUGGAGACGACGCCCGAGCGAGCGGCAGAGGCAGAGCGCCAAUGGAGGUUCGUCGGACUUGGCCAUCCAGGCAGGCAGGCAGGCAGGCAGCAGCAGCCUCGAAAGCGGCCUGGAGGCAGACGAGCUGCUGCACGGCCGUUUUGGUCUGGCCUCGCCUCUGCCCGCUUGGACUGCCAACGGCUGUUGGGACGAGCCUUUGUGUGGACGCAGUCGUGCGCGUGUGGGCGCGCGGCGGGCAGCAGGCGGCGUAGUGUAG